UAAAGUAUCCUUCCUGUAAUCAUUUUAAUGGCGCUUUUGGAGAGUCCCAAGUAUCAGAGCGAUAUGAUUAUUAAAUUCCCAGGAGACCAAAAUGCCUCCUGAGAUCAUUUACUCAUCACACCUGGUUUUUUGUUGUCCAUGUGCAUGCUUACAUCUACACCGUUCGCAUGUGAGCAAACAUCUUAAGAACAAGUCUCGUGGGAAUCAUUGCCGUAUGAGUCGAAACAAUGAAAAGAUCUGAAGUUCUCCGACUUUUGUCUAGUUUCACAGCAGCACCAUAAUCAUGAACAACUCCUGAAUGUGCGGCACUUACGAAACGCCCAUACUAGACCAUUACCUCCCCAUGAUGUUCUCAGAGUUCCUAUUGGGCCUUAUCGGGAACAUUCUCGCCCUCUCAAUGUUCUUCUUCCACAGGGACACCUGGGAGCCCAAUUCUGUUUAUCUUGCCCAUCUAGCUCUGGCGAACUCAUUGGCCCUUCUCUGCCUUCCUUUCAGGGCCGACUACUACCACAGGGGCAAGGACUGGGUCUACAGAGACGCUUUCUGUCAUAUUUUGCUCUCGUAUUCCUUCCUCACUGCUGUUGCCGUGGACCGAUACCUGAAGAUCAUCCACCCUCUCCACCGAAUGGGUCUGUGCUAUGCCCUGUGGUUCUCAUGGCCUUUGUGUUCUCAUCACAGCCAUGACUGUCUACCUCCUAACAGAUGAACAUUUAUACUAUCUAAACAACCACACGCAGAGCGAAAGCUUCAACAUCUGCUUUGGGAAUAAUUCAAGGUUCAACAUGCACAAUGUUAUCUAUGUUCUCCAGUUGUUUGUGCCCACGGCCAUUGUUAUCUACUGCACAACCUGCAUUACAUGACAGUUCUAAGACUAAGACAGUGUGUGGACUAAGGAGUGGCUGCGGUUUUCAUGAUAUGUUUCUUCCCGAGCAACAUCUCGCGUAUCACCUGACGUCCUGAAACUCUGGUAUAAUGAUGCAUUUGAACUGAAUUAGAUACUCUACAGUCACAGAGACAACAGACACUCACACACAACAGCAAUCACACAAAAGUGGAUUUAAAAUGAGAUUUAU